AUGAUUUUUGGUUCAAUGAAAUCACUCUCCAACGGAACUAUCUUGUCUUCAGUCGAGAACUCUCACAGCGUGGGAAUCAAUACCGGUGGUUCACAAUCUUCAAACAACAUUGCAUGCUUUGGUAAUGGUGGUUGGGAUAACGACUUCAACAAUGGUUGCGGUGACUUCAAUAAUGGUUGUGGUUCAAACAGAUUCGAUAGAGGUUGUGGAUCCUUCAAUAGAUGGGGUAACAAUUGUUAA